AGGCAAAGGUCACUGGCUCACUUCCGUCGUGUUUCCGUGCCAACGCCAUUCGCCAGUAAAAAGUAAACUGGUCAAAAGUAAUAACAGUACAACAUUGCCAGGAAAACAACAAAGAAAACGUCGUUGGGCGUUGGUUUUGGAGUUAAAUAUGAAGCAAAGAAAGAUCAAAAUAUGAGGCGCAAAUCAAAGAAUGAUCACAACGCCGGCUAACUCCGUUUCUUCUUUUAUGGCAACAGAAACAAUGCUUCCCAGUAAACCACACUUCUUGCAGCCAGUUCUUCCAGGUUUUGAUCAUCAUCCACUUUCAAUUCCUGUUUCAUUUUUCAAGUACUUGAAGGGACAAAAUUGUGAGAGAGCUAUAUUGAGAGGGCGUGCUGGGAAGAUUUGGCCUGUGAAGAUCAACGGUAGGAGUUUUGAAGAUGGUUGGAAAGAGUUUGUUCAAGACCAUGACUUGCAUGUUGGUGAUUUCUUGGUGUUUAGACAUGAAGGGGAUAUGGUUUUUGAUGUCAUGGUGUUUGAACCAAGUGCCUGUUUGAGAGAAUAUCCUUCCUUUCCUACAGAAGAAUUUGAUAUAAAAGAGGAGAAAAUAGAAUUUCAGGAACAAUUUGCUAAAAAAUCCAGUCCUGAGAAGUCCAACAGGAAGAAGCAUGCCAGGACUACCUUAGAAGGAAAAGCUACUUCUUCUGUUCAUGAAGAGCGUUACUUUGUGGUAAAACUGACAUCUUACAGCGCUGGGCGAAGUAGAUUGCAUAUUCCAAUUAAAUUUGCAAGGACGCACAAUCUAUGCAAUAGACGUUGCAAGAUGAUUCUUAUGAAUCAAAAGGGAAGGUCUUGGCCAGCAAUGUUAUGGUGCAAGAAAUCAGAUGGUCAAAUUUAUAUUGGACGCGGUUGGACUUCCUUCCGUGCUGCAAAUAAUCUUAAGGCAGGAGAUUCUUUAAUUUUUGAACACAUUGAAAAGCAGAAGAUACCUACAUUGAAAUUAUGUGGGCUGCAAACAAAUACUGAGGCUAAAGAGGAGUUGAUUUAUCACGAUGUGCAAGCUGGAUCCUCAUCAAUCAAACAUCACCAUUUUAGUGUCACUAAGAAGUCAUCUUACAUUGAAAAAUCUCAGAGGAAAAUUCCAGAAGAAGAACUAGCAAAAGAAUGUGGUACCAGGAAGCCCAAAAAGAAGAAGCAAGCUAUGACUAACUUUGAAGUGAAAGCUAGUUCUUCUGCUCUUGAACAUCCUUACUUUGUUGCAAAAGUGACAUCUCGCAGUGCCUGUCGGUCAAGAUUGUAUAUUCCGGCAAAAUUUGCAAGGCUGAACAAUCUGAGCAAUAGAUGUUGUAAGAUGAUUCUUAUGGAUCUAAAGGGACGGUCUUGGCCAGCAAAGUUAUGGAACAAAAAGCCAGAUGGUCCAGCUUAUAUUCACGGUUGGCAGGCGUUCCGCGAUGCAAAUGACCUUCGUCCAGGAGAUUCUUUCAUUUUUGAGCUCAUUGAAAAGGAGAAGAAGCCUGUAUUGAAAAUGUGUAGGUUGAAAGUAAAUCCUAAGGCCAAUAGAUGUCAAGAUGGAGAAGCUAGUUCUUCAUCAGUCAGGCUUCCCCAUUUUUAUGUCACUAUGAAGGCAUCUCACAUUCAAAACUCUCGCCUACAAAUUCCAAUACAUUUUGCAAGGAGGAAUGAUCUAAUUGGCAAAUGUUCUGAGAUGAUCCUUACAAAUGAAAGGGGAAGUUCAUGGUUAGUAUCGUUAGGGACAGAUAACAAUGGCAAAGUUUAUAUAGGAUGUGGCUGGAACGAGUUUGCCAAAGCAAAUGACCUAAGAGAGGGAAACAUCUUCAUGUUGGAACUUGUGAAGGGAGGGAAGAAUCCUGCUAUGAAAUUUUAUGGUGUAAACCAGGGGACAACAUGGAACCAAAUGUCCUACAAGGACAGUGCUCAAAGGAUAAAAUUUGAGAAUUGUGAAGAUGUUAAGCCAAUUAUAUAACGUCCAGGGUAGACUUUUUUUGUAGUUCUUCUCAGCACUCUUAUUUACUGUGUAUACUAAUUCCAAGUACUGACUCCUGCGUGUAUCUACAUUUUUUCUUUAAGAAAAAUGAAAUAGUAGCAAGUCCAGAGACCUAAGUGAAGGUCUUGUAGUUUAA